UCUAUAAAAACCCUCUUAAUCUAUACCGAGUAUCUGUUUAAACUGGGGGAUUUUCAAUUUUGCGAUUUUCGAAUAAGAAUCAAAACCAAACCCUAUUUUACGACUCGCUUGCAGUGAGCACACUGAUACAAAGCAGCAAACACUGCUCUCUUCUCUUCUCGGUAUCUUCAAUUCUGUUAUUGUUUUAAAAUUACAAAUUACAAGUUGUUGGAUUGGAACUUCUUCUCUGUCUAGCGCGUCCUUUUUGCUCUAAUAAAUGGAAACAAAACCCUCCAGUUCCUCUGCAAAUUUCGUGGACCAAUUAGUGUGUCCUGGAGAUGUGGUUCUUGACCUGUCUAGCAUGACAAACCAGACAAUUAAACUUGGAGGUGGUCUACGACAGGAGUGCGAUGCAAUUUCCGUAAUGAAGGCUGGCAAACUAAGGUUCUCAAAACCCAAUAAAUACUGGGUUGAAAAUUCUCAGAAGAGGUAUGUGCCGCAUGCGGAGGAUUCUGUACUUGGAAUUGUUGCGGACUCCAGAUCAGAUAACUUUCUUGUGGACAUAAAAGGACCAGCUAUAGCAUUUUUACCGGUGCUUGCAUUUGAAGGAGGAACUAGAAGAAAUAUACCUAAGUUUGAGAUAGGUACUUUGCUUUACGUGCGGGUUGUUAAAGCAAACCCUGGAAUGAAUCCAGAGUUGUCAUGCACUGAUGCUACUGGGAAAGCCGCAGAAUUUGGUGCUCUAAAAGAUGGCUAUAUGUUUGAGUGUACAACGGGUCUCUCAAGGAGGCUUCUCAGCUCACCCACGUGUCCAGUUCUUGAUGCUUUAGGGAAGAAAAUUUCCUUUGAGAUCGCAGUUGGCUUAAAUGGACGUGUUUGGGUCAAGGCAGCAUCUCCACAAACAACUAUUAUCGUAGCUAAUGCGAUCAUGAAUUCAGAGACACUGAGUGAUGCUCAGCAGAGAAUAAUGGUUGAAAAGCUGCUACAAAGAAUCCAGUGAUCAAUUUAGUCAUACGAGUAGCAAUAUUUAAAUCCUAGUUAUGAAAGGUUAUUCUUUAGUGGUUGAAAAGCGGUUACGUUUUUUGUGCACACCAAAUGCCAAUGCUUCUUGAGGGUAAGCACUAUCCACCAGACUACCACCACUAGCUAAAGGACACAAAGGAUUAUCAACGCCUUCAUGUUUAAUGUGAUGAUGAGUUAUUUAUGAUAAGAGUUUACAAGUUGAGAGAUAUUCAUGAUAAGAAUUCGAAAGUUCUUUGUUAGUAGGAGUGUAAUGGUUAUAUCAUUCUGUCUCCACAGAAUUCACUGCAAAGCCUGGCUACAUGGAAUUUUGCCUGAUGAAAAUAUUUGAAAGAAAAUGAGUCCUUAGAUUUGGCAUUUUUAUUGUUA